AUGACUGCGACAGACCUCAAGAUCAUCAUCGCAGGCUGUGGUAUCGGUGGCCUCUCGGCCGCCAUUGCCCUCGAGCUGGCAGGCAUCGACUACACUAUCCUCGAGGAAUCCCCAGCUCUGGAUUCAGACCUCAAGCCCGGCGCCAGCGCCACCAAUGUCCCCACCAAGACGACACAUGUUGGAGGUGCAAUCCAGGUUGCCCCCACCGCUAUUCACUUCUUGAGUCAGCUCGGCAUCUACGACGAAAUGAAGGAAAUCUCCAAGCCGGUCAGUGGUCUCUCCAUGAACGAGCACGAUAUGAAUUAUGUCGGCCUGCUGAACGGGUACCCCAAAGAGUACAUGGAGAAUUAA